AUGGAUCGACUAGUCUCUUACGCGUGCUGGAGACCACAGACGAUCGACGUUGAUUGUGUCAGCAUCAAUCUGCCCUGUCCCGAGAACGUAUUCACACUCGACGAACCCUUCAAAACACCAACAUUAACCACCCUGCCCUAUCCCUGCGAAGCUACUAGGUUCGGGCUCUCGCCAUACUUCAUUACUGCACUCGAAAUAUGGAGUCAGGCAACCUACAUUCAGAUACUCGGCGGUCUACGCCAUGUCAGUCGCGUUGCGAGCACCUCGGUAGGCGCUUUCGACCAGCUGAGCACCAGACUGGAAGCGUUCAACAACAGUAUGCCCGGCUCCAUGCAGUGGUCGACGCCGAAUCGGCGAGCCUUCCGCCAUAUUCAUCAAGAAGGUCUAUUCAUUCAUCUCCACCUCACGUUGCUGAACACAGCGUGCAUCGUUAACCAGGAGUCUCUUCCAUACCCAGCAGAAGGAAGAGAUGCACAUCGACAAGGUUUGCUUUCUGAUGAAUCUAAUGGCACAGGAACCGACCAAGAAAGAUCAGUGACGGCAUGUGUUCGUGCUUCGACCGAAAUCGUAGCGAUCCUGCAGGAAGCUCGCAAUUCUGAUCUCCAAGCCACGAACCAGCUGCAGUCAGUCGUCUCUGCUUUUGCGAUGCUAUCGGCUGCCAAUGUCCAGCUGUGGAUCCAGUACGUUCAAAGCAGAGACCGCAACGCGCCGCAACACGCCGAGGCACGAGUUGAGUCCAUUAUCGCCAUGUUAGAGUCCUGGAAAAUGACAUGGCCUGUGGCUGAGGACUGGCUGAACACCAUCCGCUUGCUACGCCGCUUGUACGAAGCUACGUAUGCUCCCAUUUCCGGUUCCAGUGACGGACAGCACUUGAACAACGUUGCAGAUCCGCCAGCUCAAGCCGCAGAUGACGCCCAGGAUCGGCCUGUGGCGCGCUUGAUCGAAGGCAAUGGACUACCCGAUUUCAAAGAGCGACUCGUGGAUAAGCUCCGAUUCACGCUACUGUCGUCACUCGAGGACAUGGACGCCAGAAAACGUGUGCUGAAGCCUUCGAUGACUACUGGAAGAGAUCAGGUCGAACUUCCGGCCAGCGAGAUCGAUGAGUUCGAGUACUGGGUGCCCGAAAGCUACGACUUUGGACUACCUGAUCUAUACUUGUCCAACACCUGGCCUGGCCUCGAAAGUGGACACCUAUACGCCCCAGAUGCGGUCUGA